AUGCAUGGUCAGAAGCGGUCAAGUUUAGCCUCAAGCCUUGCUCCGACAAAGGUCGAGAGCGACAUUGUGGAGAUCCCGGCAGACCGCACGUUGAGCCUGGGCGACGCGGAAGACAAGGCGCUCGGGCCGCCGACUCUCACAGCUGAAGAGGAGAGGAUAUUGUGGCGGAAAGUCGACCUGCGCAUCGUGCCCAUUCUGACGGUGAUGUACUUGUGUUCAUAUCUGGACCGAGCGAAUAUCGGAAACGCGAAGCUUCAAGGGCUGGUCACACAGCUCGGCCUCACAGGGAACAAAUACAACAUAGCUCUGACAAUGUACUAUAUUCCAUAUUGCCUCCUCGAAUGUCCAGCGAAUCUCGUCCUGAAGAAGUUUAGGCCAUCCAGAUGGCUUCCAGGGAUAACUGUGGUGUGGGGCAUCGUGAUGACAUUGAUGGGUAUAGUGAAGACCUACCCGCAGCUUGUCGGCGUUCGGAUUUGUCUUGGAAUCGCAGAGGCUGGUCUCUUCCCCGGCGUGGUCUACUACAUGACAAUAUGGUAUCCUCGCCAUAUGCUUCAGUUUCGCAUCGGACUGUUCUAUGGAGGAGCAUCGGCCGCUGGUGCCUUCUCGGGCGUCCUCGCGUAUGGUAUCUCGUUCAUGUCGGGAACUGGGGGUCUGUUAGGAUGGUCGUGGAUCUUCAUCAUAGAAGGCUUGUUGACUAUGGUCGUCUCUAUCAUCUCGUUCUUUGUUAUUGUCGAUUUCCCGGAUACAGCAACGUUCUUGACACAGAAGGAGCGCGCGUAUCUCACUUGGAGAAAGAAGUAUGACAAUUCUUCUGUCGGAGAGGAGGAGCACUUCGAGAUGCGCCACCUGAAGUCCGCGUUGUGUGACUGGCAGGUGUGGUUACAGAUGCUGAUGUUCAUGACCAUUGUUGCGCCUAUGCUCGGAAUUUCGCUGUUUCUCCCCUCGAUUAUCAAUGGCUUCGGGUACGGCACCGCCAUCAGUCAGCUACUGACCGUCCCUGCGUACAUUGUCGCGACAAUCGUGCUGAUCAUCGUGGCGAUCUGGUCCGACCAUGUCAAACUUCGCUCGCCCUUCAUACUUGGCGGACUCCUGAUGUGUCUCGUUGGAUUCGCGAUCAACAUCUCCAACGCGAGCAUCGGAGCAAGGUACUUUGGGACCUACCUUUGUGCGGCAGGGUCGUACGCCACACUUCCCGGUGUCAUCUCAUGGCUGGGGAACAACCUGGCUGGUCAGUACAAGCGUGGUGUCGGCAUGGCCGUCCAAAUCGGCAUAGGCAACCUCGCCAGCUUGAUCGUGAGCAACAUCUACCUGUCCAAGGACGCGCCGCGGUAUAUCAUGGGCCAUGCACUGGAACUGAUGUUCAUCGGUAUCGGCCUCGUGAACCUCCCGAUUCUCGUCGGCUUGUACAGGUGGGAGAACGCAAAGCGAGACGAGAUGCAGCGGGCCAUGGCGGAGAAGGGUAUUGAGUACUCGGACGAAGAACUGCGGAGGUUGGGCGACCGCGCUCCGGACUUCCGCUACACCCUGUAA